CGCCAGGCUAGCACGCCGCAGUUCUUCUCUCUAGCUCUUUCGUUCGCGUUUGACGCGGGCGCGGCGCUGCUUUAUUGCAACGAGAUCGUGUUGCCGUCGCGUCGUCGUCAUCGUCGUCGUCGUCGUCUUCUGGAUUCAGCGCGCAACGAAAUCCCAAAACGCGAAGAGGUGGAUUAAAAUUAUGCUUUUUGUUUUGCUCCCGAUGUAGUUCCGUGGAACGAGUUUCGGCAAACGGACGACGCGCCGUCGCGGUUUAUUCGUACUUACCGAUAGAGAAAAAACGGCGCGACAGUUGAUCGCGAUCGCGAGAUUUUGGCGGUUCCAGGAAGGACCUCUGAUCGUGCUGAAAGGAUACGAAUCCUUGUCGAGUGUGGGUGCGUGACCCGAGAAAAGUCGUCGCGUGUCUUUCGUACGAUUUCGUGAGAAAUGAUCAACAGGACAGUUGUAGUGGAUGCUGAUACUGGGAGGCUCCCCUAAUGAAUGAGCGCGUGAUAAUUAAGCUUAAUUGCGGUGCUGAUGGAUUGCAAUUGUGUUGUUUACGAUAAUUAAAUUAAUUCAGUAGGAGAAAACCUAUCAUUUCGCGGGCAAGCAUUGAUACUGUGAGUAUAGUGCGAAGAAACGAGAUUGCAGAACGGACUUGAAGAAGAAAGUUCGUCGUUUGAGAAGUGUACCGACCACAGCGAUUAAUCCAUUCAACGUUUCCAAACAUCCAUUUGCAAUAUUUUUAAAACAGACACAGUUGUGUGGAAUCGCGCUGAAAAAAGUCGUGAUCGCGAAGGCGUGGAAAGAAGCUUCACGGCACACAGAAAACCAAAAGAAAGGUUUCAUCGAUGAAAGAAUGGCACAUCCCUCAUCGCCGCCUUACCACACGUCAUAAUAAUCGAAAGUGACAGUCGUCGGUGUGGGGCAAAAUGUGAGUGCGCGCUCAUCGCGAAGCACAAAUGGUUGUAAAUUAAAUAAUUAUUUCAUUAGCGCGGCUCAGCCCCCGACUUUGAAGUGUUUGUGAAGAUACCGACCGAUAAUUGUGCAAGGAAGAAUUGAGGCGCUGGAGUGAGAGUAUUGGUGCACAUUGAAUAAAUUUUCGGAGCGGAACCGAACACACAGAAAAUGCGAAGAUCGGUGGUUUAUUAACACGCAAUAAAAUUGGAAGGUGUGAACAAUGCGUUUGAUGAGGUGGAUUGCGGCUUGGUGAAUAUUAAGUGAUUUGCGAAGAGAAGUGCGUUACAUUGUUGCUCGGGUGGAAAGUGAGUUGCUGUGAUUUUUAGGCGUUAACAUGGAUAUGUCGGGAGCCAUGUCUGGGGCGAACUCGCUCAACAUGCGCCCGUUGUUCAGUGGAUAUCCUUUUCAAGGUCAAGGCCGCGUUAACCAGCUCGGCGGCGUGUUCAUCAACGGGCGACCUCUGCCCAACCACAUUCGGCUCAAAAUCGUCGAAAUGGCCGCCGCCGGUAUUCGACCAUGCGUGAUCUCCCGCCAGCUGCGCGUUUCCCAUGGCUGUGUUUCGAAGAUACUGAACCGCUACCAGGAGACGGGUUCGAUUCGUCCCGGUGUGAUUGGAGGCUCCAAGCCAAAGGUGGCCACACCGGAAGUGGAAUCCCGCAUCGAGGAGAUGAAAAAGAUGAAUCCGACUAUUUUCAGUUGGGAGAUACGGGACAAGCUGAUCAAGACCGAUCCAAGCGCGGGCUUUGUUAGCGCGGACGGCGGCCUCCACAGACAGCUAGGCGCAGAUUACCGAUGUCGUGAGGAAGGCGUUUCUGACCCACCGAGUGUUUCGUCUAUCAGUCGGCUGCUGCGAGGAGGUCCUCCGGAUGGACGAAAGGACGACGACGGGCGGAAGGAUUACAGCAUCCACGGGAUUUUGGGAGGUCGCGGAUCGGACACGAGUGACACCGAAUCUGAACCGGGCAUCCUGCUGAAGCGUAAACAGCGCAGAUCCCGAACGACCUUUACCGGCGAACAGCUGGAAGCGCUCGAAAAAGCAUUUCAGCGAACUCAGUAUCCAGAUGUGUAUACGCGGGAGGAGCUGGCAUCGUCCACCAACCUAACGGAAGCUCGCAUUCAGGUGUGGUUCAGCAACCGGCGUGCUCGACUGAGGAAACAUGCCGGCUCACAGAUGUCCACUCCGCUGGGGUCGCUUGGAUCACUUCCGAUGACGCAAUAUCAUCCGGGUGUGGCGUCGCAGGAAUCCUACCAGAUGGCAGCCGCUGCUAACUAUGAUUUUGUCAGCCAAAAUCCAGCUUCUUUUUCGUCCGGCUUCCAGCAUGGGCAUUUCGGCGGUCAAAACUUCGGGCCGAACGCAAUGGGUUUUCAUCAGAACAGUCAAGAUUUCAUCCCACCCGAGUACACCAAGAUGAUGAACGAAGAGUACAUCAAACCGGCCCACGAAAACUCGUCUGCGUCGGUUAAGCUGAGUCCAACGGCAUCCCAUGGGGUUUCUUCGGCAGCACUUGGCGAUAGCUAUGCAACCAAAUUGAGCUCGGUAGCGGCCGCAGCGGCAUCCAGUAUUGCACCACAAGAAUCGUCGUGGAGUCAAAGCUACCCGCCACAUCCUGGGCAGAGCUACGGCGCCAAUUUGGGACCCAGUUGUCCCAGUUCGGCUACUUCCGGUCCAAUGGAAUAUCACCAGAUGCAGCAGGCGUACAGCAACAAGUAUUGGUCAUGAUGAGUUUGGAGGGAUAUGAUUUGAUAUUACAAAAGUAGAUCUUUUAAUGGUUUUCUUGAAGUUAUAGUAGUUUAAUAGUUCAGUAUGGUCCAAAAAGCAGCUAUACGGGCAAAGAUGCAUUUAGAGCCUUAUGCAGAAUGUAAAUGACGGAAUAGGGCGGUUCAAAAUUUAAAAAUGUUUGAGAAUCCAAUCUCCCAUAUGUUCCUUACCAUCCUUACGAUAAUAGUA